AUGGGAGAAACCGUCGAGAUCAAAGUGAGAAGCUUGACAGGAAGAAUGAUCCGCAUCGACGUUGAUCUUCACGACAAAGUGAGCGACCUCAAAGAAACCAUCGAGGUGAAGGAGGGGAUCCCUCCUCACCAACAGAAGUUCCUGUUCUCUGGAAAGCAAUUGGACGACGACAAAACGCUUGAGGAGUGUGGCAUAAGUGCUGGCUCGGACCUGCACCUGGUGCUGUCGCUCAGAGGGGGCUCUAAUUAG